AGACGAGCGCGGCAAGGGCCAUGGCGCCGGCGAAGAAAGCAGCGGCGGCAGGGGUGGCCUUGGCGUUGGCAGCUCCAGUGAACUGGCUAGGAGCCGGGACACUGGGAGAUGGGCUCGAGUAGACGGGGAUCGACGCCGACGGGACGUAGGUCGGGGCGACGUAGGUGGAGGGAGAAGACGCAGGGGGAGGAACCACAACCACGGGAGUCGACGCGGGGGGAGGAACCGGUGCGUAGGUGGAUGGGGGAGGAACCACAACUGAGGGAGUGGAUGCUGGAGGAGGAACCACGACUAUGGGGGUGGACGCAGGAGGAGGAACCACGACUACGGGGGUGGACGAGGAACCACGACUACGGGGGUGGACGCGGGAGGAGGAACCACGACUACGGGAGUGGACGCGGGAGGAGGAACCACGACUACGGGAGUGGACACAGGAGGAGGCACCGGUGCGUAUGUGGACGGGGGAGCGACCGGGCUGAGUGGGGGAACGAUCGGGACGAGCGUGGUCGCUGGAGGAGCCGGGUAGCUGGUCGGGCAGACCGUGGUGUAGACGCUGGUAGUGACGGUGGUGAUCGUAGAUGUGUACACUGUGCCAGACGAAGUGAUCGUGAUGACGGCAGUGCAAGGAACAGUCACGGUAGUGACGCUGGUGAUCGUGGUGUAGACCGUCUCUGGCGGCGGGGGAGGAGAGGAGUGUAGAUGGAAGACGGGGAUGAAGUCGGGUAGUAGACCGAGGUGGAAGUCUCGUUGCAAGGAGCCGUGUAUGGGGGAGGCGUGUACGGAGGAGGCGUGUACGGGGGAGGUGGAGGAGGAGUGUACACGCUGCUAGGAGUCUCGGAAGGAGUCGACGUUGGGUAGUAGAUCGAGCUGGGGGUGGAGCUAGACGGGGUAGGCGUCGGUGUCUCGCUCUCGCAUGGAGUAGACGAGGGAGUUGGAGUCGGAGUGUAGAUGGACGAUGGAGUCGGCGUUGGUG